AUGCAGCAAGGCUACGCUCUUGCGUCAACCGUCGCAUGGCGAUUCCCCUCAGCGCUCCAGGCGGAGGCUGAUGUAGAUGCGUGCCGUGCCCAUGCGGAUCCGGCUUCCCUGUCGCAAGCCGACGUCAAGAGAUGCCUCAAGGAGUAUGGGGUCACUGAGUACGAGGCAUCUCCUCCUCGCCUGGUUGAGCUGCUGGGGCGAGUGGAAGGCUUCCUGCCGAUGGUGGGCAGCUGGGAGCAGCGGAGGCACGGGAAGGCAUACACCAUUCGCAUCAGUCAGAAGGGCCAGCUCUGCUGGGAGGGGUCCCACAUCACCGGGGAGGAUCUGCUUGGAGUCCUCAUCCCCGAGGACCGCUACCUCCGGGCUGAGCUCUUCAUAUCGCAGGAGCGGAUCGGCUCUGUGAGGCUGCGCCACGGCCCGGACUGGAAUUCCGUGAGCCUCAGCUUCAAGACCAGCUCCUUUGGACAAUGGGGGGCGGAGGUUGUCGCCUUGCGCACGUCGCAGGAGCUGCGGGUGGUGCGGCCUCCCUGGAUCUCGCUGCAGCUGGCGCCUUCGGGGCGAGAGAGGGAGCCAGGGCCAAAGGUGCAUGAGAUGACCUCCGUCACCGCCCUGGCAGAGCUUGCGCCCCUGUCCAUUCCCCAGCUCAAGGAGUGCCUUCAGGAGUACGGUGUCAGCCAGUACGGCCACUGCUGCAAUCAGCGCGAGUCCUUGGUGGAGCUCCUCUCAAAGGUGGAGGCAGCCCUGCCGCUGCUGGGGAGAUGGGAGUAUGGCCGGCGGAAGAGCUACGACAUCCGUCGGCUGAGCAACGGCCUUCUGAAGUGGGAGGGGCCCCACAGCCGAGGUGGCAUGCUGAGUGGCGUCCUUGAAGAUGAGGAUGGCUGGUACUCAGCACACCUGACGACGAAUCAGAAUGAAGCCAUUGGCGCCAUCCGUCUUCGCCACGGCCCCAAGUGGAACGAGGUCACCUCAAACUUCCGAAGCCACACCAUGACCGAGUGGGGCAGCGACAUUAUUGCAGAAAGAGUUGGAGAGGAGGAGCCUCGAAGACGGCCAGUUUUUGAGGAGUCGGAGGAGGAGGAGGGCCCCGUGGAGCCGGCGGCCGAGCUGUCGGCGCCAGAGGUGAAGCAGUGUCUGAAAGGGUAUGGCGUCACCAAGUUUGACCACGAGAGCAAGGAGGAGUUGGUGGAGCUUCUGGCGAAAGUUGAAGCCUCCCUGCCACUGCUGGGGACCUGGGAGCAUGGCCGGCACAAGCGCUACGAGGUGCAGCACACGGAGGAUGGGCACCUGAUGCGUGAGCUCGUGCACGUGCAGGGUGGACAGUGCGGCAACCAGAUCGGCGCGAAGUUCUGGGAGGUGAUUGCGGACGAGCAUGGCAUUGACCCCACAGGCACCUACCACGGGGAUUCCGACUUGCAGUUGGAGCGGAUCAACGUCUACUUCAACGAGGCAACUGGUGGUCGCUAUGUGCCCCGUGCAGUGCUGAUGGACCUCGAGCCGGGCACCAUGGACAGCGUCCGUGCAGGGCCCUUUGGCCAGCUCUUCCGUCCGGACAACUUUGUCUUCGGACAGACCGGUGCUGGCAACAACUGGGCGAAGGGCCACUACACGGAAGGGGCCGAGCUCAUCGACUCAGUGCUCGACGUGGUUCGAAAGGAGGCCGAGGGCUGCGACUGCUUGCAGGGGUUCCAGCUGUGCCAUUCCCUUGGUGGAGGCACUGGUGCGGGCAUGGGCACCUUGCUGAUCUCCAAGGUGCGCGAGGAGUAUCCAGACAGAAUCAUGGAGACGUUCUCUGUGAUUCCCUCGCCGAAAGUGUCUGACACCGUUGUGGAGCCCUACAAUGCCGUGCUCAGCUUCCAUCAGCUGGUGGAGAAUUCGGAUGAGUCCUUCCUGCUGGACAACGAGGCCUUGUACGACAUUUGCUUCCGCACCCUGAAGCUGAACUCGUCUUACUUUGUGGAGUGGAUCCCGAACAACAUCAAGGCAUCGGUCUGCGACAUCCCGCCGAAGGGCUUGAAGAUGGCGGUCUCCUUUGCCGGCAAUUCCACCGCCAUCCAGGAGAUGUUCAAGAGGGUUGCGGAAUACUUCACCGCAAUGUUCCGCCGCAAGGCAUUCCUGCACUGGUACACCGGCGAGGGAAUGGAUGAGAUGGAAUUCACAGAGGCCGAGUCCAACAUGAACGACCUGGUCUCUGAGUACCAGCAGUACCAGGAUGCCACGGCGGAGGAAGAAGGUGAAUUCGAUGAAGAGGAGGGCGAAUACGAUGGCUAG